GCCAAAGCUGCGAAGAGUCUUGCCCUGGAAGCUUCCACGCCUAGCACCAAAUCAACUAGUGAAUCGCUUCUAGGGUUUACGAGGGUUUACUCAGGGCGAGGUUGCGCCGCCGCAUUGUCCUAGUUGGCGGGGGCGGCGGCCGUCACCGUACGGACGGGCUAGUUCCGCGAAGCAUGGAGCAGCUUGGGAUGUCCCGUAUGAGUGUGGGGAAGACGGAAGCACUGAAGCGGUCAAUGGAGUUAUCCACCUUCAUGGACACCAACCGGCCCAUACAGAUAAUGGAUGGCUUAACGGAGUAUAGCGAUUCAAUGGGCUCUGUGAAGAUGGAUGGCUUUGGACCAUUUCUAGAGGCAGCAGUCAGGGAGAAGUCAGAUAUAUCAAAUUGCUUCAUGGAGCAGAUCAUGUCUGGCAUGUCACCUUUAACAGUGGCUGUGAAUUAUUUGCUUAACAAAGGCACCAAUCCGAAUAAUCAAGACAAUCUUGGUUUUACUCCUAUCCAUUAUGCUGUGAAGGAAGAGAAUGAUGGAUUGGUGCGAUUGUUACUAUCCAAAGGAGCUAGUGCUGAUAUAUCUUCUCGUGAAGGGACGCCACUACACAUGGCUGUGUCCCUUGGGAAUCUGGACAUUCUUAAGACUUUAUUGCAGCACAAUGCUGAUCCGAACAGGGUUUGUUCAGAUUUAGGAACACCGAUGACUGCUGCGGCUCUCUUUGCUGACAGUAAAUGUGCAGCUCCUGGAAAAAUUUCUGAGUCCGUUGCUUUAGAGUGCAUGAAGUUACUUUUCAAGGCUGGUGCUGAUCUCAACUUUUCAACUCCUGAUACUCCAUUAGUUAUAGCAGCCAGCAAAGGCUUGUCUAAAUGCGUCAAGUACUUGUUGGAGGUCGGUGCAGAUGCCAAUAUUUCAAUAAACAUUGGAAUUAUGACACCGAUAGAGAUAGCUGCAGAUUCUGGAAGAAGAGAUCUGAUGGAGAUUCUAUUUCCAUACACUUCACCUAUUCCGUCUGUGUCAAACUGGAGCGUUGAUGGAAUCAUUAUAAACGCACAAUUAAGACACUUGAAGGGGAAGCGUAAGCAAAUUGAUAAAGAUAGCAAGGUUAAGGGGAAAGAGGGUGCUGGCGCAUUAAAAAAGUCCCGUUUCAAGGAAAUCACACUGGAUCCUGCAGAUGCAAUGAUGUAUUCACAAAGGAGCCUUCGCACUGUAAUGAGUAGUGAAGCACAGGUUUCUACUGAUUGUGUAAGGCUGCGACCUAAUUGGCGAAAUGAUGAUCAAUCGAUCAAUCCGAGCAAUUCACAAGCUGCAGGCCAAGAGUCUGUGAGCGGCUGUCGGAUUUCUGAUGAAAAAAUUGACAGUGGUUCACCCUUGGUUGCAGUGAGCAGGCUAUUGUAGCCCAACAAUUAGUGAACCAAAUUGUUCAGAUCUUUAUCAAAGUUCUGGAUUAUCCAUCAGUAUCAGUUCAAAUGGAGUGUAAUACCUCAAUUCGAGAAAUGGUUUACAUUGAACUGGCGAAGCGUCAGAUUUGUCUUUCUGAUCUCUAUGUGAAAUGUGAUGGGCGGAUGAUCAGCCCAGAAAGCACGCUUAUCUUAAGUGUUACUGAUUCUACUUAUACCAUCCUUCCAAGGUUAAGGGGUGGUGCUCCAAGUGACAUAAGCUUUAGGAAUCUAUCAGUAGAGAAUAGGCCACUCUAUAAACUUAUAAUAUCAACUGGUGACAAUUUAUUUGAGGUUGUUAAAUUCAGAGGUAAUUGGCCAAUUUGGCUUAAUGCAGAGUACUGUGUAUUGCUGAGUGAAUUU